AUGUCCCCUUCAGCUUCGGUCCUAUUGCUAUCAGUCAUCCUGACUGCCCUUCCAUCCACCGCGAACGCUUCACCCAUCUCACAUCUAUACAGACGAGAUAUGGGAACCGGCGCCAAAGCCGGUCUCGGAAUUGGAAUAGCUGUGGCCGCCGUCCUCGUCGUGGGCCUCUUCAUUUUCUUCAUUAUCCACUUCAGACGUGCCCGCCACCUGGCCGCCAUCAAUAAAGAACGUGCCAUUCUCGCCGGCGAGAAGAACAAAGACGGUUCGGAUAAACCAGAUGUAUUCGCACCACCACCCGAGAAACCUGCACCUACUUCAACGGGCAUGCCUCGACGAACCAAAUCCGUCAAGGACAGACUGAUGGGUCCUCUAUACCGUGGCAGCACAAUUGACCUUAUGCCCCUCCCCAAGGCUCGCACAAACAACCCCAAUAGAAGCAGCACAGCAACCAUGGAGGGAGCACACUGGGACAAUAUCGACGGACAACCUUUCCUGCAUAAACCCUGGGCACAUGGCGAGAGCUCCCCCAGACCCAGCUUCAGCAGCAAGCGUGCAACGAGAAUGAUGAUGAUGAUGUAA